AUGACGCGAAGGGGCUGCACCAAGGAGCACUUCUUCUCUGAAGCUGACAUGGAGACGAUCAAUAUGGACGAUCGUCUCAAGGAUCUCGUGAAAAUAGAUUCUAAGAUGGUCAAGAAGAUUCUCCGUAACCGGGAAUACGCAGCACAGCAGUAG